AUGCGCAGUGUACAAGGAAGCGUCGCGGACGGCUGUUAUUCUCUCAACCGGACAAGCGACGCGGAAGUGUCCAGUCCCGAACCAUGAACAUCGUGGGCCAGUUCGCGGAGACCGUGUUUGUGACGGUGAAGGAGCUGUACCGCGGCCUCAACCCCGCCACCCUCACGGGGGGCAUCGACGUCAUCGUGGUGCGGCAGCCGGACGGGUCCUUCCAGUGCUCGCCGUUCCACGUCCGCUUCGGCAAGCUGGGCGUGCUGCGCUCCAAGGAGAAGAUCGUGGACAUCGAGAUAAAUGGCGAGUCGGUCGACCUGCACAUGAAGCUGGGGGACAACGGCGAAGCUUUCUUUGUGGAGGAAAAUGAAAACAAGGAGUCCCAGGUCCCAUCCCAUCUGUGCACCUCCCCGAUCCCUCUGGAGGACCCCGAGGAGCUCGAGGAGAUCCCCGAGGGGUCCUCCGUCGCCGGGUCUGGCGCCCGCAGGAAGAAGCGGCGUCGUAAGCGCAUGCGCUCCGACACUCACCUGAGAGAAGAGGCCGGCUCCUCGUCGGACGAGAGAGAACGAGAGAAGGAGUGGGAGAGAGAGAGCGACGCGGCCGGCCGGGAGAGUCCGGCCAAAGAGUCGCUCACAGCGCUGCAGAUGAGUAAAUCCGUGUACUACUCGCUGUCCGAGGAGCCGGCCGAGGAGCUGGGGGCCUCGCAGACCAGAGACACUCCUCAUCCCCACUCGGCUGGAGAGCAGUCGACCUCGGAAAGCAGUGUGUUCCCCAGCCGGCCUUCCUCUCCGAAGAGCGACUCGGAGCUCAUGGUUAAACCCCAAGAGUCCUCUGGGCCUCAGAUGCAGUGGAACUGGGGAGGUUUUCCCAUGCUGUGUCAGUCUGAGAGGACGCCCAUGGACUUGCCGCACUUCUCCCCUUCCGGCAGGUCUCACUUCUGCACCAUUGAGAGACAGGACUCCUUUGACCGGGGCUUUGAGCCCGUAAUCAGAUGUGGCAGAGUGGGCAGUGUAACGGUGGUCCGGCCCCAGCCCAGGACUCAGUCCCUAGACCUAUCUAGCCACACGACGCUAACCUCCCCUAUAUCUGGGGGGGGGAACCCUCACGCGUCCACUUCCACCCCCGGUGACCUCUCCAAGUCUUGUGCGACCCGGGCACUAGAGUCCACUUUACGGGAAGAGGAGACUCCUCUAACUAACGGCACGGAGCAUCUCGCCAGCAAAGAGAGCACAAUCGCUGUUGAGCAUAUCGGAGCCGUGAGCGAACCGAACGAGGCACAAGGUCCGCGCAGCACAGAGGCGUCGGAUCCACAACCGCAGGGGGAACCGGGGCCCGCCAGUGGUGGCCCCGUCAGCGAGGGGGACAGUGGGAUCGACCCGUGUGCUGAGGGCGGGGAGGAGGACGGUGGACCGGGAGGGGCUGAAGGCUCGGCGGGAGGCUCACCGACCCUCAAGACAGAGGAGUUGGCGAGCUCCUCUGAGGCGUCCUCCAAAGUGGAACAACAGGACAAGAAGAAAGGCAAACGCAAUCACCACCUGGGGCCGACUGACAUUUACCUGGAUGAUCUGACCACGUUGGAGCCGGAGGUGGCUGCACUCUACUUCCCCAAGAGUGAGUCGGAGGGGGCGUCUCCGCCCGGGGCCGAGCAGGGCUCCUGCUCCGGGAGCCAGUCGCCUCAGUCGGUGGGCAGCGGCGCCAUGGACAGCGGCACCGAGUACCUGUCCGACUCCGCCUCCUACAACAUGGACAUCAGCAUGUCCCUCUGCGGACAGGAGGGGGACACCAGCCAAAUCACCAAAGAAAAGUUCACGGAGCACAUUGUGACGUACCAGGACUUCGCCAGCAACCCGGAGAUCAUCGAGGAUCCGAGUCUCGUGAUCUGCAUCAACUCAAACUAUUAUAACUGGGCAGUGGCGGCUCCGAUGGUCUUGUGCAUGACGACCUUCCAGAAAAGCCUUCCCAAGAGCACGAUAGAGCGGCUGGUGAAGGACAAGAUGCCCAAAAAGUCUGGACGCUGGUGGUUCUCCUGGAGGAAACGGGACAUGGACCGUAACCAGCAGAAGAACUCAAAAGAGGGGCAGGGCGAGUCACUGGCAAGUGAAGCGAACGCAGUAAAAGCCACGCUGGACGACAUCGACAGUGACGAGGUGGCGGGCCUCGGCCGCAAAGCCAUGAUUCCCUCCAGCCUUUCCAUAGAGACCCUGAACGCCACUCAGUGCAUCACCCAGAUGUACCGCAAAUCACUACGCCUGACCUCUAAACAGAUCGAGCACCUAAACCUGCGUGAAGGAGCCAACAAAGUGGUUUUCAGCGUGACCACGCAGUACCAAGGCACCUGUCGCUGUGAGGCUGCCAUCUACCUGUGGAACUGGGACGACCACGUCAUCAUAUCGGACAUCGAUGGCACCAUCACCAAGUCUGAUGCUCUGGGUCAUAUUCUACCUCAGUUUGGAAAAGACUGGACGCACAAAGGCAUCGCCAAACUCUACCACAAAAUACACCAAAAUGGCUAUAAGUUCCUGUAUUGUUCGGCGCGGGCCAUCGGCAUGGCUGCCAUCACUAAGGACUACCUUCAGUGGGUCAAUGACAAAGGCAUCGUCCUCCCUCAAGGCCCCGUGCUGUUGGCUCCCAGCAGCCUCUUUUCCGCACUUCACAGAGAGGUUAUUGAGAAGAAGCCGGAGGUGUUUAAAAUCGCCUGCCUGAGCGACAUCAAGGACCUGUUCACCGCGCAGAGGAAGCCCUUCUACGCGGCCUUCGGCAACAGGACCAACGACGCGUUUGCCUAUAAGCAGGUCGGGGUGCCGGAUACCAGGGUAUUCACCGUCAACCCCAAAGGAGAGCUCAUCCAGGAGAGGACGAAAGUCAGCAAGUCCUCGUACAGCCACCUCAGUGAGUUGGUGGAGCAUUUCUUCCCCAUGCUCUCGGUCGGGGGCAACACCUCCAAUGCUCUGGACUGUCCCGAGUACAGCAGCUUCUCCUAUUGGAAGGAGCCUCUGCCAGAGCUGGACCUGGACGCACUCCUGUAGACACACACACACACACACACACACACACACACACACACCUGCCCACAGCCACACAAAUGUUUUAAAGCAAGCACAUGUGCUCUCUUGGCUUUCUCCUUUUCCAGAAAUGCAAUCGAAAGUAUUUUUUUCCACGGCGUGCCUGAAUAUUGUGUUUGAAUAAACUGGAACAGAAAGAUUUGACUGUCCCAUCUCAACAAGACGCAUUAAGUCAUCACGUGCACGGACUCGGCGGUUGAAAAGCCAGUGUACCAAACACCGUGCAGUACUUAGUGCCUGUUCAGACGAUGGCUGUGGACACAAUAUUUAGCUAUUCUAACCUAAAAUCUGACAUUGACACACCUGGACAAAUACACCUUUUGGACUGUUUUCGUGAUUGUGUGUACCCGUGUCAUGGUCACUCCAAAAUAUACAUUUAAACUGUUAACGCUGUCUUCUUUUCAGCUCUAUACACUUACCAAAAACACUUUUGAGGUGCCUAAAUCCUGCACACGCCUGAGCUUUGACCCGUUUUCUGUCGCUGAGCUGGGAAUGUUCAGACGGAGACCCCACACGGCUAUAAAACCAGUACGUGUGUGUCGUCGGCAAAGGAGCUCCAAGGGGCUAAUUUGUUAUAGCUACAUGUAGCAAGCAACAAGUAUGGCGUGGGAAUGUAUUUACAUUGUUUUGUUAUUUCACGGCAGCACGUAUGAGUGAACUGGGUUCAUGUCGAGCACAAGAGGGUUUUCUGACGGCCUUUGACUCAUCUGAGUUAUAA